GCGCCUUUUCUCCACAGACAAGUGGGAAGAACUGAAGACUUUAACAAGACUCCAAACCAGAGAAACUCAACAGAAGAUUUUUUUGUUAAAGCUUUCUUGUCUAUUAUAUCUUAUAUUUUUAACAGCUGGCCUCUAAUUCAAAGUUUUUGCUGCUUUGGAACUUGAUUUUCUGCGCUAAAAAGUGCACAUUUUGUCAUUUUUCUUAUCUGAUCAGACUCUUAUUUAAUCCUUCGCAAUGUUUCCUGAGACAAAAAAUGGCUACACCUAUGAGGACUGCAAGGCCACUGCUGAUUGGCUGCUGGCCCAGACAGACGUCCGACCCAAAGUGGGCAUCGUGUGCGGCUCGGGGCUCGGAGGGCUGGCUGACAUGUUAAAGAACCAGGUAGCCUUCAACUACAAGGACAUCCCCAACUUUCCACAGAGCACUGUGCACGGACAUGCAGGUCGGCUGGUGUUCGGCACCUUAAAGGGGAGGCCGUGCGUUUGCAUGCAGGGGCGCUUCCACUUGUACGAGGGCUACUCAAUCCAGAAGAUCACGCUGCCCAUACGCAUCUUCAAGCUGCUCGGUGUGGAGACGGUGAUGCUGACCAACGCAGCCGGAGGCCUCAAUCAGGACUUCAAAGUGGGAGACAUCAUGAUCAUCAAAGACCACCUCAACAUGCCGGGCUUCGCUGGCAACAAUCCGCUGUCUGGUCCCAACGAUGAGAGGUUCGGUGUGCGUUUCCCCUGCAUGUCCGACGCCUACGACAGAGAGCUGCAGCAGAUGGCCAUGGAUGUGGGACAGGAGCUCGGCUACGGAGACUUCCUGAAGGAGGGCGUCUACUGCGUGCUGGGCGGACCCUCGUUCGAGACCGUUGCUGAGUCCCGUAUGCUGCACAAACUGGGCGCUGAUGCUGUUGGCAUGAGCACAGCCCCCGAGGUGAUUGUGGCGCGUCACUGCGGCAUGCGCGUCUUUGCCCUCUCCUUGAUCACCAACCAGGUGGUGAUGGAAUACGACAGCGCAGAGAAGGCCAAUCACGAGGAGGUCCUUCAGACGGGCAAGGAACGAGCAGAGCAGCUGGAGCGGCUGGUUUCCACCAUGGUGACCAAGAUCGAGCACAACAACAACUAGGCCCAA